AUGGCCUUCAAAACCUUACUCUCCAUCGUCUCCCUUUUGGCGGCGUUCCAGGGCGCGACCGCCGCAUUGACCCGCCGCGUCGCUUGCCCCGACGGAGUGAACACCGCGACUAACGCGGCGUGCUGCCAGCUCUUCGCUGUGCGCGACGACCUCCAGGAGAACCUUUUCCACGGCGGUCUCUGCACGGCCGAGGCGCACGAGUCUCUUCGCCUGACGUUCCACGACGCCAUCGCCAUCUCCCCUGCUCUUGAGCAGCAGGGUAUCUUUGGUGGCGGAGGUGCCGAUGGGUCCAUCGCGAUCUUCUCCGACAUCGAGACCGCCUUCCACCCCAACAUCGGUCUUGACGAGAUCGUCGAGCUCCAGAAGCCGUUCAUCGCGCGUCACAACCUCUCCGUCGCUGACUUUAUUCAAUUCGCCGGAGCCAUCGGUGCCUCGAACUGCGCGGGUGCUCCCCAACUUGCCGCCUUCGUCGGCCGCGUGGAUGCUACUCAGCCCGCCCCCGACGGUCUCGUCCCCGAGCCAUUCCACACCCCGGACCAGAUCUUCGCCCGCCUCGCCGACGCGUCCCAGGGCGAGUUCGACGAGAUCUUGACUGUGUGGCUCCUCGUCGCCCACACCGUCGCCGCGGCGAACGACGUCGACCCGACCGUCCCCGGCUCGCCCUUCGACUCGACCCCGGAGGUCUGGGACACGCAGUUCUUCGUCGAGGUCCUUCUGAACGGCACGACCUUCCCCGGCACCGGCGACAACCAGGGUGAGGUCGCGUCCCCGAUCGCCGGCGAGUUCCGCCUGCAGUCCGACUUCGCGAUCGCGCGCGACAGCCGCUCCGCGUGCGAGUGGCAGUCGUUCGUCGACAACCAGCCCAAGGCGCAGGCAAUGUUCCAGUUCGUGUUCCACGACCUUUCCAUCUUCGGCCAGGACAUCAACUCGCUCGUCGACUGCACGGAAGUUGUUCCGAUUCCGGCACCGCUCCAGGGCGUGACCCACUUCCCCGCUGGUUUGACCGUCAACGACAUCGACCAGCCUUGCGUCGAGACCCCCUUCCCCACUCUCCCGACUGACCCCGGUCCCGCGACCUCUGUCGCCCCCGUCCCCCUUCCGUGA